AUGACCGUCGUCGCUCCAGUACUCGACAAGUCGGACCCCAAGACCGACAAGCUCUACCCCUACCACCUUCCCUUCUCUGAAGACUGGAGCGAGAAGAAGGAGAUUUUUGGAAGCAGCACGAUGAUGAUGGCUGGCGGUGGCAUGUUUAUGCGUAACCCUUUGAUCAUCUGGACCGCAGCUGUGCUCGGCGUUCAGAGCUUUGUGACGCAGGAGCCUCUGCGUGCGCCCAAGGACGCAAACUCGCCGCUGGCGACGCUUGGCAUGGCGCUCUCGGGCAUCAUUGCUACGACGCUGCCCAAGAUGAUGCUGGCGCCUGAGACGCAGGCGGCAACGACGGCGUAA